AUGAUCACUGAAGCGAGAAAAAUAAGAGAACUGAUCACAGGCAACAAUGGUGACUUUGAUGAUUCAUUUGCAGCGCACGAUACAGCGGGUUUCCGACCAACAACUCCCGGUAUCAGUCCGGGCGUCGGCCAUUCCUUUCAAAAUGGCAACAAGGACAUGUCUGGGUCAAAAGCAGCUCAUUUCAAACCUCCAUCUUCUGAUUAUCAGAAAGAAACAUCACCACCCAGAGCACCAAAAGCUCCGGGUAACAGUCCAGGGGGCAUUGGCGAUUCUUUUGCAGAUGUCAACAGCCAAGGUUGGUCGAACAAAGAUGAUUUCCAGGUAACUGUCCAGGCUACUUCUCCGGGUCACAGCGGCGGCGUUGGCCAUGGCGACAAUGACGAUGAACCAAAUGCCAGGCGCUAG